GACAUUUGGUUCCCUAUAUUAUCACAUCACAUUUUAAUAUUUUAUUAAUUGCGUAAUAAUUUGCAUUGCUCGUAGCGUAGUUAACUUGAACUGCGUCUGAUAAAAAAAAUACUGAGUAAUUAAUAUAUAGACCAACAUUUAGUCGAGUGUAAUGGAGUGGUAUUUAUAACACGAAGGUUAAAUCAGAAAUCUUCGUGAUAAGUGAUAAUGGCUGUAACCGUAAACAAUAUUAAUUAAUUACCGUAUUUAAGAGAAAUAGUUGUCGACCAUGUAUCCUAGGUGCGGUAGUAGUGGUUCUAUCCAGAACAUGCACCAGACGCCGUCGUCGUCCAACCAUAAUUCAGACGACGACGACGACAGCGGGGAUAACAAAGCCUCCGCGCUCAGUUUUAAGGAGAGAAGAAGAGAGGCUCAUACUCAGGCCGAGCAGAAGAGACGCGAUGCCAUAAAGAAGGGCUACGACUCCCUGCAAGAGCUGGUGCCCACGUGCCAGCAGACUGAUGCUUCUGGCUACAAGCCGAGUAAAGCUGCAGUACUCCAAAAAUCAAUAGACUACAUACAAUACUUGCUGCAGCAGAGACGUCGACAAGAAGACGAACGUAACGCACUCCGGAAGGACGUAGUGGCACUGCGCAUCAUGCAAGCCAACUAUGAGCAGAUUGUGAAGGCACAGCACUCUGUGCCGGGGCACAAUGAGCAGCGGCUGACUGAUCAGGAUAAGUUUCAAGUUUUUCAGGGUAUAAUGGACAAGCUGUACGAGUCAUUCGAGUCAGUGCCGACGAAUAACUUCGCAGAGUUCUCUGCUGGUGUGUUCAACUGGUUGGAAGAAUAUUGCAAGCCGCAGAGUUUGCGGACCAUGGUGCACGGAGUGCUGAGAGAGCAAAGCUACACACCAUAGACUACAUAAGAACACACGAACCUUGCCACCGCCGCACAGUUAAAGUCUGUCAAGCCAUUUCCGUCACUAUAAGGUGGCAAAUUUAAAAAAUUAGGGGGGAAAGUUUAUCGUCCCAUGCAAAAAUUGAAUUUCGCGCCUUUUGACAAACUUGUUUGACUGACUAUACAAUCUAAACAGUUUCAAUAGAUAAGAUGCUCGAUUUGUACGAACGCAGAGUUUGCGGCUGGCUUGUUCAACUGGUUGGAAGAGUAUUGCAAGCCGCAAUUUUACCAUGGUGCAUUGAGUGCUGAGAGAGCAAAGCUACACACCAUAGACUAUUGAAACACGGCCCUAUAACCGCCCUACUUAUUGGAGUCGGUAUACUAACUUCGCAGAGUUUUCGGCUGGCUUGUUCAACUGGUUGGAAGAGUACCUACUGCAAGCCGAAGUCGCUAUGGACCAUGGUGCACUUCGUGAGCCACAACCGCCCAUGGCCGUAUAGAUACAGUCUACAGAGUCAAUAGAUAAGCUAUUUGAGUUGUAUGAUAACUUCGCAGAGUUCUCGGCCUCGCCGAGCAACUUUGUCGCCCGUGGGCGCGCACCCUAAAACAACCGGCCCUUCCGUAUAGCACUAUUUGUAAGUGCGAUAGGGACGGCCUGAUGUUUUAUCAUUUAUCGCGCGACCAUGCUUAUACGUCUGAUGAUGUGUCUUAUCCUUCUUACCUACCUAACUAUAUGAAUGGAAUUCUAAUAAUUGUGCUUAUAAUAUAAUGUGCCUUAGAUAGUUUAAUACAAUCUUAAUUUUUUAGCACCUGGACUGUACUACAAAUAAAAAAAAAUAUUAACUGUUCCCACAUUCAAUCUUAUGAUAUAUUAUGGUCUUAUUUGUGUUGUGAAUUAUGUGAGAAUAUUAUUGAGAAAUAUUUUUUUAUAUGAACUAUCACGGAAUCAAUUC